AUGUCUGGCGACAUAGCCCAGGCUCAGCGCCUUUACCGCGCGGGCAUGACUGCGUAUGGGCGUAAGGAUUAUGAGGAGGCGCUGAGCGCUUUUGAUCGGGCGGUCUCUCUUGGCGACCGCAGCUGGAAGGUGCUGGACGCCAAGGCCGCCGCGAUGAACAAGAUGGGCGGGGUAUGGCGUACCUCCGCCUUUGAAGUAGCUUCCUCCCUCUGCAAGAAGUAUGGCGACAAAAGCCAUCGCCCAUGGUACCGCGCCGCGUCGAUCCUCCUCGAACUGGGCCUACUCGACGCCGCAGAGCGGAGUAUCACUCGCGGCCUCACUCUCGCCCCUUUGUCGGAUGCAGCGGCCCGUAAACCCCUCCUGGAUCUCCGCGAAGUCGGGAAGCGGAAGCGCGUUGCUAUGACUGCGCUGCGGGAUGAGAAUGCCGCAGAGGCCGAGGCAGCACGCAAGGGAGCCAUGUGCUUCACCCACCUCCUUACCUCGGACAUUCUGUACCUGAUCGCAAAGGCUGGCGACGGGGACACGGCCCUGCGCAUGGCGGGCGUGUGUCAUGACUGGCGCGGGGCCAUGCUCUCCCACUCGUCGCUUUGGAGCCACCUGCGUCUCGGUCGCCGCCGGCCGGCCGCCAAGGCAGCGACGUGGGUCGACCGCUCGGGAGGCAGGAUCAAGACCAUCGAGAUUACGCGGUAUGUUGCCGAGGCCGAGGCCGAGGCCGUUGCGACCGAGCUCGCCUUGCCCAUCGAGAAUGUCGAGAGUGUCAACUUGCAUUACGUCACCGACGGCACUUGCGGGAAGUACCUCGCCGCAUGGCGGGGCAAAUGUCGUGCCCUCCGCGAACUCAAGGUCAAAUCGGACACGAGAGUGCCUCAGCACGCAAUGUUCCAGUUACUCCACCAGGAGUGCUGCACCCUCGAGGUGGUCGAGAUGACUAAAGCCCAUCUUACACCAACGCCUACGGUGUAUAACUUCAACAUUAGCACAGGUAUCCCAGUGAACCCCUCGCAACUCGUGUCUCUUCGCCAUCUCGUCCUCGGUCACGGAGCAGUCCAUUCGGACCAGGCGUGGGUACUCGCACUCGCGGCCGCUGCGCCACGCCUGGCCCACCUCGAGCUUCGGUGUACGAACCACACGGCGUUCCCGGCAGACGAGGACCCCAUCACCCUCGAGCACCUCACCCACCUGGAAGUGUGCGACCGUACUGGCCUAUCUGAACCGACCAAGACGCUACACACACCCAACCUGUCCGUCUACUCGGCGUGGAACUGGCACAUGCGCUCGGCUCCCGGUCCGCCCCUGUCUGUGCUCGACAACCUCCGUGGCCUCCCGCGCACCCUCACGUCUCUCGACAUUGGGCGCUGCGGCCUCAAUCAGGCUGAUCUCCUGGCCCUCCUACCCGAAUUCACCUCGCUCCGUUUCCUCAACGUCAGUUUCUGCGGCAUCGACAACCAGCUCCUCGAAGGACUUGUGGACGGCAUCCUCCCAAACCUCACAGCGCUCAGUGUAGCGGGACACGACCAGAUCUCGGCAGGACCACUCCGGCGCCUAGUGUAUGGUCGGCUGGGAAUCGAGACAACCAAGCCCAAGCCUGUUCCCGUCAGACGGUCGGCAUUUGCGCCGAAGAGGAAGAGCAAACCUGAGCCGACGCCUCCCCCACAGUCCUCCUCUCAACCUUGGCAGCCUUCGCAGCCAAAGGUGCCCAUAACCUGGAUCUGCAUCGACCAGUGCAACGGCAUGGCGGUUGAGAUCCUUGCUGCCCUCCGCAAACACGUGCCCUUCCUGUCGAACCAGAAUGGCGCAGUGGUCGAGGACCGCGUACGUGGGCGAGGGGCGUUUGCGUGGGACUCGGAACUGGCGUGCGAGCAUGCAGCAGACGGCUGUCAUCUCCGCAGGCGCCGAGCCGACGAGGAGGGGUGGUAUGUGCACCACACGUGCAAGCAGGCGCGGCGGGAGUAG